AUGAAAGGAUUGAUUGAACAUCAACAUAAUUGUAGAAAGAACCAAUUAGGGAAACCUAUAAUGUUUGAAGAGGGAGAUGAUGAUUUUAUUUAUUUUAAAAGUUAUAAAAAAACUCAAAGGAUACCAAUUGUUAUUUAUGCAGACUUCGAAUGUAUUUUAACUCCUAAAAAACCUGAUGAAUUCAUUCAGAGUUGUAAAAAAAAAAAAACAUAUAUUACACAUUUACAUGAAAUUAUGAGUUAUGGGUUUUAUGUGAAAGUCGACUAUGAUAUUAUACCAAAAGAGUUAGUAAAACAGUUGAAGAUUCCUAGAAAGGUGGUUAUUUAUAGAGAAUGUAAUUUUCAAAUAACUAAUCCAUCAUUCAUUCCAAUUUUCUUUCAUAAUUUAUCGUACGAUAGCCAUUUCAUAAUUCGAGAGCUCGGUUGCGAUGAUCAAAAUAUUCACGUUAUUCCUAAUUCAUCAGAAAAAUAUAUAUCCUUCAGCAAGGAAAUCGCACCUAAAUUUAGUAUAAAAUUUGUUGAUACAUUCCGUUUUAUGAGCGAGUCAUUAAGUAAACUUGCGGAAAAUUUAUCUGAAGAUAAGUCGAGAUUUAGAGAAACUCUUAAAAUAUUUUCUGCGGAAGCACUAGAUUUAGUUACACGAAAAGGAGUCUUCCCUUAUGAAUAUGUCGAUAAUUGGAGUAAAUUAGAUGAUACAUUUCUGCCAUCAAAGCUAGAAUUUUAUAACUCUUUAACAGACGAGAAAAUUAGUGAUGAAGAUUAUAUACAUGCUAAAAAUGUAUGGCAUACAUUUGAUAUAAAGACUUUAGGUGAAUAUAGCGAUCUUUAUUUAAAAACUGAUGUUAGCAUACUAGCCGAUGUGUUCGAAAAUUUUAGAGACUUAUGUUUAUCUACGCUCGAACUAGAUCCUGCUCAUUAUAUGACUGCUCCCGGGUUUGCUUUUGACUGUAUGCUGAAGUAUACCAAGGUCAAAUUAUCAAGGUUAAAGGAGUAUAACAUGUUGCUUUUCUUCGAAAAAUCAAUUAGAGGCGGGAUAUGCCAAUCAACCAAAAGAUAUGUUAAGGCAAACAUACCAAAUAUCGAAGGAUUGGACUAUAAUGCAAAUGAACCGAUCACAUGGAUUACAUAUCUCGAUUGUGUGAAUUUGUAUGGGAAGUCUAUGUUAACAGAAUUACCUUUUAAAGAUUUUGAAUGGGUUGACGAUCUCAACAUAGAUGUAACUAAAAUUGCUGAUGAUUCAGAAGUCGGAUAUAUAUUAGAUGUUGAUAUUGAGUAUCCUAAACAUCUACAUAAAUAUCAUAAUGAUUUCCCAUUUUUACCGUUUAACGAAUGUCCACCAAAUUCGAAAGUUGAGAAAUUGUUAACUACUUUAUCACCGAAAAAAAACUAUAUUGUGCAUUACAAAAAUUUAAAACAAGCAAUUUCUCACGGUCUUAAAGUAGUAAAAAUUCAUCGAGCUAUCCGUUUUUCUCAAAGUAAAUGGAUGGCAUCAUACAUAAAAUUAUGUACAUCUAUGAGAGUACAAGCUAAAAACGAGUUUGAGAAGGAUUUCUGGAAGUUGCUAAUUAAUAGCGUUUUUGGUAAAUGUAUGGAGAAUGUUCGAGCAAGAACUUCUAUAAAACUGGUUUCUUCAGAACAAAAAGCAAGGAAAUUAAUGGCGAAAACUAGUUUUAAAGACAGAACUAUAUAUUCUAAGAAUCUCAUGGCCAUUCAUCAGCAUAAGGAAACAAUUAAAUUCGACAAGGCAAUUUAUGUAGGAUUUGCAAUUUUAGACGUUUCGAAAACAUUUAUGUAUGACUUCCAUUAUAAUGUAAUGAAGAAAAGGUAUGGUACUAAAAUUAGUUCUUUAUAUUCGGAUACUGAUUCCCUGAUAUAUGCUAUCCAAACAACACAUUUUUUUGACGAUUUAAAAAAUAGUUUAUUACCAUAUUUUGACACAUCUAAUUAUCCUAAAGACCAUUGUUGCUUUAGUGAAAUUCAUAAAAAUCAACCAGGGUUCUUUAAAGAUGAAAUGAAAGGAAUUAUAAUUAAAGAAUUCGAUGAACAAACUCAUAGAAAAAUGAAUUUUAUCCAAUCAAAUAAACAUGUUGUUCAUUCGAAAACAAUGAGCAAACUUGUUCUAAGUGCAAACGAUGAUAAACGUUAUAUAAUGGAUGACGGGAUAAAUACUUUAGCUUAUGGUCACUAUAAAAUUAAUGACUCAGUUUAA